AUGGAACGCCUCAUCCGACAACCUAGUACUAUGGAAAACCUGAUCCUGAAUAAAACAAACCUUGAAGGAAUAGAGGAGGACUUUUUGGACCCUCAGAUUGAUAUAGAAGAUUAUUUUGAUUGA